UUCUACUAGGCGUCAAACGUCUUUCGGGUAAUCGGGAAUAUCGGGAUGUUAGAGCCGAUUAGGGCUCUCGUUUCGCGAUAAAACUCGCAAAGCACGGCUGCUUAAUGUGUACUAUUUAAUUUUCAUCUUAUCUACGUGUACGUAUAUGUGUAUUGUACAUAUAUAGAUACAUACAUAUGCUGCAUCCGAAUAGAUCGCAUAUAUAUUUUUGUAAGCUUUGUCGCGAAAUUGCUUUUUAUUCCAGCGAUUGAUUGAACUAUCGCUACUUGUGUCCGGGUCGAUUAUUAAUUCGAUGUUGCCUUAUUGUUCGGGAAGUGUGACAGAAGCGGAGCUGUAUAAAAGAAAGUGAAAUUAGAAAUUAGUAUCGAACAAGUGUUGUGCGAUUAAAUGCGCGAUAGUUGCCGCAACAUCAGAAUGAAAUAUGUAUCCACUUUGACUGGGGACUGUGCUUAGAUUUACACAAUUAUGAAAAGAAGUUCGAGCAUAUACUUCACCCGUGAGUCCAGUCCUAUUCUGAGGAGAAAACUCGUGGAAUAUGCCUGAAAUAAUUUAUGGAAUCCUGUGUAUAGGAUCUUACAGCAGUUGCAAGUAAAACGCGCGGCUCCUGUAUCAUGAAUAAUAUUCCCGUUCUCUCUACAUUAUUCUGGCAUACAGUAGAUGGUAAUUUGAUUAUGUAACUGAUCUUGAAUUAUUGACCUAAAAAUCUUGAUAAACUUGUUUUUGAUGACAACUUUGAAAUGUGGUCAGCAUAGCAGAGAGGUGGUGUCGAGAAGGUGGUUGACACGCCUUCAUUUAUUUGAGAUGAUUGAAAGUGUAUCACGCAGAGCGUUGAGUGGCUCCAGUGGGAGCUACCACGUUCGUGGUGCUGAACUGGCGAGGAAUCGUAGAUUAAAAUCUUUAUCAGCCAUCGUUACCUUUCUUGAUGAUACACAGCAUACAUUUCAAUUAGAUAAACGAGCAAAAGGACAAAUUCUAUUGGACUUGGUGUUUCAACAUUUAGAACUUAUUGAAAAAGAUUAUUUUGGUUUACAAUACUCUGAAAAUGGAGUCAGUACAACUAUUCCUACAUCGGAUACAAUGAGAUGGUUGGAUCCCUCUAAGCCAGUGAAAAAGCAGAUAAGAAGUGGACAUUUCUUUUUUGCAGUAAAAUUUUAUGUAUCCGAUCCUAGUAAAUUGCAAGAGGAAUAUACCAGAUAUCAAUUCUAUUUACAAAUAAGACGAGAUAUUCUUCAAGGGAAACUUCAAUUGCCAACCAGUACAGCUUGUUUAAUUGCAAGUUAUACAGUUCAAUCGGAAUUAGGAGAUUAUAAUCCAGAGGAACAUGGGCCAGGCUACCUUUCGCAAUUGCAAUUGAUACCUGGACAAACAGAAGAAAUGGAAAAGAAGAUAUCAGAGCUACAUAAGUUACAUAAGGGACAACUGCCAGCUGAUGCAGAAUUUAACUUCCUAGAUCAUGCAAAGCGUUUAGAUAUGUAUGGAGUGGAACUACAUAAAGCCAGGGAUUCAACAAAUAAGGAAAUACAAUUAGGUGUGACAUCAAUUGGUCUUGUUGUAUUUCAAAAUAGCAUAAAAAUCAAUGUGUUUUCAUGGUCAAAAAUAGUUAAAAUUUCUUUUAAAAGGAAACAGUUUUUUAUACAACUUCGGCGAGAACAGUCUGAAAACUAUGAUACAUUACUGGGUUUUAACAUGCAAACUUAUCGUAGUUCUAAAAAUUUAUGGAAAGCUUGUGUCGAACAUCAUACUUUCUUUAGGCUUCACAGUCCAAAAAUGCGACCAAAACGGUUUCCCCUCACUUUGAGUAGUAGAUUUACAUAUUCAGGACGUACAGAAUUUCAAACAGUUGAAGACGGGAAGCAUAGAGCACGGGUAGAAAGGACAUUUAUACGAUCACCUAGCAAGAAAAUAGCUCAUGCUAUUACAACGGGAGCUGUUACCGAUGACAAAGGAAAAAUAACAAUACCUCCUGGAAGAUCGUCACGAUCUUAUGACAAUAAGGUUCAAUCUCUCGGUGCUCGUGAACCUCGUCAAGCAUGGGGUGAAGGAAAUCCAAGUGACGAUGAAGGUGGUUUUUUAUCUUUGAGGGAAGAAAUAACAGGAAGCUAUACACAAGGUGGAGCAUUUUCUCCAGCAUUAGGAUCUCGAGUAUUCAGUUAUGCAGACGAUGAUACAACUGUUGAAAGAAAUAUUUAUGAUCUGCCAGAUUAUAGUGAACCUACUAGUUCGCCAGCUCCGCAAAUAUUGGAAGACGGUUUAGUAACAAUAUCUCUAACGCCAGACGAACAAGGUCGUUUUGGUUUCAAUGUAAAAGGUGGAUUAGAUUUGGAUAUGCCGAUUUUAGUCUCACGAGUAGCUCCGAAUACACCCGCUGAUCGUUGUUAUCCAAAACUGAAUGAAGGAGAUCAAGUUGUUUACAUCAAUGGAAUUGACGUGAGCGGUUUACUGCACGAACGCGUAGUGAAUUUAAUACGGCAAUCACGUGAUCGUGGAUCCGGCGAACUUACAUUAACUGUCAGACCAAACGCUCUAUAUAACGCACUAGCUGGUACUGACGAAACCUCCGAAGAAGAGCCGCCUUACAGAUAUGUGCCUGAUGCACCUCAUGCAGUUAUUGGAUCCGAUGCGCUGGCGCAAUCUAUGUUACUGCUUGCGGAUGGUCUGGCGAGUGGUGCUCUUAUUGCGCAAUACGAACAAUUGUACAGGAAAAAUCCAGAACUAACGUCUCUCGAAUCGAAGAAGCCGGAAAACCAAUCGAAAAAUCGAUAUCGGGAUAUAUCACCAUAUGACGUUACUCGAGUUAUUUUGAUGGGAUCAGCAAAUGGAGAUUACAUUAAUGCCAAUUACGUGAACAUGGAAAUACCUGGUUCAGGUAUUAUUAAUAGGUACAUCGCUACGCAAGGUCCUCUGUCUUCCACCGUUGCCGAUUUUUGGCAAAUGGUUUUAGAAGCCGGUAGCACGCUUGUCGUUAUGUUAACGACUCUAGUUGAACGUGGUCGUGCAAAAUGUCACCAAUAUUGGCCGGCAUAUAACGAGACGCUUACAUUAAGAAAUCUCACACUUACGUCUACUGCAGAAAAUGUCGAAGAUACAUUUAUUUUUAGAGAAUUUAUACUUCGUGAUGUUAAUACUGGAGAAGAAAGGGAUAUAACACAUAUGCAGUAUUGCAGUUGGCCUGAUCACGGAGUGCCGAAUGAUUGGCGACAAUUUACUACGUUUACAGAGCGCGUUAGAGCAGCUCGUACUGGAAUAGUCGAACCUGCGGUUGUGCAUUGCUCUGCUGGAAUAGGACGAACCGGUGUUUUAGUUUUAAUGGAAACUGCACUGUGUUUAAUUGAAGCUAAUCAACCAGUGUAUCCAUUAGAUAUUGUACGUUCUAUGAGAGAUCAGAGAGCAAUGAUGAUACAGAAUGCUAGUCAAUAUAGAUUUGUGUGCGAAGCAGUCCAUAAAGCCUAUAGCGAAGGAAUAGCUAAGCCACUUCCAGAGUUCAGUAGAUGAAAAUAAGAAUUAUUUGAAAUGGGCAGCAUGUUGUAAUUAUAGCCAUUUCUUCUCUUACAUCUUGCAUCAAGCAUCAUGUCAUUAGAAGGUAGUUUUAUACUUUGACAAUAAAUAUAUAAUAUAUAUUUAAUAUAGCAUAAAACGAGUACUAAAACAGACAUUUAUAUUGUAAACUAUAUAUCUCAUUUAUACAUAAUACUGACGUCCAAUUCUCACUCAAUGUUGUACUAAAAAUUGCUAUUUCUUUCAUCUUAUCAUAUGCAAACGGUCGAUUUAGUACUCUAGUGUGAUUAAUUCCAUUUCUUCACACACAACAUUGUAUCGUACAAAAUGUGAUCAUAUUUUUUUGCUUUUAUCCAUGUGAGUAUAUAUUAUAAUAUUUUAUAAUAAUUUAAAAAUAUUUUAUAAUAAUUUAAAAUAUAUAAACUUUUCUUCCUACAUAUAACUCAAUGUACGUAGAAAGCAUCGAAAAGGCAAUGUAUUAUGAUAUAUCGAAUUUGUAAUGAAAAUAGAUUUAGUUAUAUAACAAAAAUUGUAAGGUACAACGUAUAAUUUCAAUGCAAUUUUAAAUGCUUUAGAUAACGAAUUCAGUUUUAUUUAAAAUAAUUUAAUAUAUAUAAUUAAAUUUUAUAUACUAUUAUUAAAUGGAAAUUUUGUGUAUAUGUGCUUUAAUAGUCAACAUAACAAGAGCUGCUAUUAUAUUAUGGAAAUAGUGGCACAUAUUUCUACACACACUGACUUUUUUUUAGAUUAAAAGUCGAUUCUUUUUUUGUAAACAUUUUUUACACACGUAUUAUUUUAUAUUAAAAUUUUAUUAUUUUUGACAUUAGAGAGGAGAAAAAGAUAUGUUAAAAAGACGAUAUGAGAUCAACAAAAAAAAGAAUAAUAUUAAUGCAUAAAUUAAUAUAUUUACACCUCAAAUUAAAGUACAAUUACAUAAAUAAAUGAGAAGUUUAUAUAUAGAUAUGAUGAUAAAAAGAAGUAUGCACACAAUUUAAACAAAAUAUACACAAAUUAAAUAAAUUUUAAUAUACUAGAUAUUUAUAUAGCAAUUAUCACAUCAACUAUCAAAAUGUAAACUUGAGCGAUUUUAAAAAUAAUUUCUUUAUAUAAUGUAAGUCCGACGAUAGACUUAAUUAUGAAGAUAAUGAAAAUGGAAAAUGCGAUAACUGAUAGCUUCGUAUCAAAUUCGUGCUGUGCGUUCACCAAGGAAUCAUUAUCAUUAACAAUUGACAUGAUAAAAACUGAAUCUAAUUUGUUUAAUAAAAUGUGAAACAUGAUCCAUUCGUAAAAAUUAAUCAUACAGAAGCUAUUUAAAAGCACAAGAAGUACAAUCUUCAAUAUUGGCAGCUUAAGGCAAGCUAUUAUAUAUAGUUAUCUUGUUUUGUAUAGAAAGAAUAUGGUUGUAUUCAAAAUCAAUCAAAAAAUUAUGUAGAAAUCAUAGAAGUGUUAGUUUCUUUUAAAAUUUUAGUUUCUUUUUUAUUCUAGGAGAUGAAACAGACAAAUUCCAAUAUUCUGGAAAUAUAAUAUUUGACAAAAAACGUUUCACAUUUUUUCCAAAAUAUGCAUAUUGAUCAAAAUAUGUGUAUUUUGUGUGUGACUGUUCUUUCGGAGAUACUGUAGAUGUUUCAUAGAUUAUUUAAUUUUUAUGCAGCUAACAAGAUAAAUGUACUAACAUAUCUCUAUAUGAAGUUUCAGCUUUUUAAUUAACUUCACAAGUAUCACACUUUUUCUGUUUAAUAUACUUACUGAAUUUUUUAUAAAUAUAUAAUACCUCAUCACAUGUAUUAUAUAUAUACACGUACACUGUUUAACAUAAUCUAUUUUUAUAAUAAUAUGAAAAACUGGUACUACAAACAUUAUUGGAAGGCUAGCGAUCUGUAAUCUUUCAUGCAUGGCAAGAGAAUAGAAAUUAUCUUUAAUUGAUUUCAAAUUAAUUAUAUACAUGGAUAUAGCAAUUUUUUCUUUCCAUUUCAUUUAUAUGCAAAAUUUUUUACUAAUUAAAAUAGACCUUUAUUCUUUUUACAGUGCAUGAGAGAACAAGAGAAAAAUGAAAGAAUUAUAAAUCUAUCUUUCUGUUGACAUAAAAUAAGUCUUUAAUUCGGCAAAUAUAUAAAUUAAAAUUAUUCAAAAUAUUACAUUAUGAUAUACGAAAAAGAAAAAAAAUUAAAAUACGCCACUAAUAUAUAUCAUAAAGUAUGUACAUAUUAGAAAACAAUAUUAGUGUGUAAGUAAAUUAUACUUUUCCUGGUUUAUUUUACAUUUUGCAAUAUAUGUAUAUGUGCGCACGCGAUGCACACACACGGAGUCCCUAUAAUUUAUUAUACAUUUAUAUUAUUACACAUUAUAUAAAAAAGUUAACAUUUUGUGUAAACAUAACAUUAUGAAUCAAACAAUAUAAGCCAAUUAAGUUUAUCAAUUCAACAAAGUAAAAUAAGCUGAUUUCAAGAGAAUGCAAAAUGUGUGCACAUCAAAACAAAUGUCUAAUAUAGUAGGUAAAAAAUAAAGACGAUUACAUAUAUAAGUAUUAUAUAUAUGUAAUAGGAAAAAAAGAAAGAGAGAAUUUGAUACAAACACAUGUCAAAAGUUAUAUAUUAUAGGUUCCUUAUUAUUUAAAUUUAAAUAAUUGUGUACUUGUCUGCAAAUGUGAAAUGCGGAUCACAACUGUCCAUUUUUUGCAUGUAUGCAAAUGAAAGUAUCUUUAAUUGCAUAUAUGUUAUAUAUCAAUGUCUUCAUAACUGCAAUAACAUUACAUUGAAAUAUUUUUCCAAAAAACUUGCUCAGUAUAUUGUGCAUGUCGAAUUAAAAAACAAAUAAUAAAUAAACUUUAUUAAAAUUUA